CGGGGCGAGGCGUAGCUCCCGGAAGCGUCGGCUGGCCGGCCGGGCGGGGCUGCGGCUGCCACGUUGGAGCGGAACGUGGAGGUGGCCCCGGGCCGGGGAGGAGGGGCAGCUGCCAGUGCUGGGCCAGUUGACGGGUGCCGCGCUAACUCGAGAACCGGUCGCCGAGGGUCCCCGCCAGGAUGAAGCUCAAGGAAGUAGAUCGCACUGCCAUGCAGGCAUGGAGCCCUGCCCAGAAUCAUCCUAUUUACUUAGCUACAGGGACAUCUGCACAGCAGUUGGAUGCCACAUUUAGUACCAGUGCUUCCCUUGAGAUAUUUGAAUUAGACCUUUCUGAUCCGUCCUUGGAUAUGAAAUCUUGUGCCACUUUCUCUUCUUCUCACAGGUACCACAAGUUGAUUUGGGGACCUCAUAGGAUGGAUUCAAAAGGAAAUUCUUCUGGAGUUCUGAUUGCAGGUGGUGAAAAUGGAAAUAUUAUUCUCUACGAUCCCUCUAAAAUUAUAGCUGGAGACAAGGAAGUUUUGAUUGCCCAAAAUGACAAGCAUACUGGCCCAGUAAGAGCCUUGGAUGUGAACAUUUUUCAGACUAAUCUUGUAGCCUCUGGUGCUAAUGAAUCAGAAAUCUGUAUUUGGGAUCUUAACAAUUUCGCAACUCCAAUGACACCAGGAGCCAAAACACAGCCUCCAGAAGAUAUCAGCUGCGUUGCAUGGAACAGACAAGUUCAGCAUAUUUUAGCAUCAGCAAAUCCUAGCGGACGGGCCACUGUGUGGGAUCUUAGAAAAAGUGAACCUGUCAUAAAAGUCAGUGAUCAUAGUAACAGGAUGCAUUGCUCUGGAUUGGCAUGGCAUCCUGAUGUUGCUACCCAGAUGGUUCUGGCAUCUGAGGACGACAGGUUACCUGUGAUCCAGAUGUGGGAUCUUCGGUUUGCCUCCUCUCCACUCCGUGUCCUAGAAAACCAUGCCAGGGGGAUUUUGGCAGUUGCUUGGAGCAUGGCAGAUCCAGACUUACUGCUGAGCUGUGGAAAAGAUGCUAAAAUCCUCUGCUCCAACCCAAACACAGGAGAGGUGUUAUAUGAACUUCCUACCAAUACACAGUGGUGCUUUGAUAUUCAGUGGUGUCCUCGAAAUCCUGCUGUCUUAUCAGCAGCUUCCUUUGAUGGACGCAUUAGUAUUUAUUCUGUAAUGGGAGGAAGCAGUGAUGGUUUAAGACAGAAGCAAGUUGAUAAGCUUUCCUCAUCUUUUGGGAACCUGGAUCCUUUUGGCACAGGACAACCUCUUCCUCCACUACAAAUUCCACAGCAGACUGUACAGCAUAAUAUAGUGCUGCCUCUGAAGAAGCCACCCAAGUGGAUCCGAAGGCCUAUUGGUGCUUCUUUUUCAUUUGGAGGCAAACUGGUUACCUUUGAAAAUAUCAAAAUGCUGCCUCAGCAGGGAGCGGAGCCACAGCAGCACCAGCACCAUGUGUUCAUUAGCCAAGUCAUAACAGAAAAGGAAUUCCUCAGUCGGUCUGACCAACUUCAGCAGGUCGUGCAAUCACAAGGCUUCGUCAAUUAUUGUCAGAAAAAAAUUGAAGCUUCUCAGACUGAGUUUGAGAAAAAUGUGUGGUCUUUCUUGAAGGUGAACUUUGAGGAAGAUUCUCGUGGGAAAUAUCUUGAACUCCUGGGCUUCAAAAAAGAAGAUUUAGGAAAGAAGAUUGCUUUGGCCUUGAACAAAAUGGAUGGUCCUGAUGUGGCUCUUAAAGACUCUGACCAAGUAGCACAGAGUGAUGGGGAGGCGAGCCCUGCUGCUGAAGAGCAGCUCUUGGGAGAGAGAAUUAAAGCGGAAAACCAAGAAUCAGAAUUUUUAUCUUCUGCUAGAGGGACAUUUAAUAUUUCUGUCAGUGGAGAUAUUGAUGGUUUAAUUACUCAGGCAUUGCUGACGGGUAAUUUUGAAAGUGCAGUUGACCUUUGUUUACAUGAUAACCGUAUGGCCGAUGCCAUCAUAUUGGCCAUAGCAGGUGGACAAGAACUCUUGGCUCGAACCCAGAACAAAUACUUUGCAAAAUCCCAAAGCAAAAUUACCAGGCUGAUCACUGCAGUGGUGAUGAAGAACUGGAAAGAGAUUGUGGAGUCUUGUAACCUUAAAAAUUGGAGGGAGGCUUUAGCUGCAGUGUUGACUUAUGCUAAACCAGAUGAAUUUUCCGCCCUCUGUGAUCUCUUGGGAACCAGGCUUGAACAUGAAGGUGAUAACCUCUUGCAGACUCAGGCUUGUCUCUGCUAUAUUUGUGCGGGGAAUGUAGAGAAACUAGUUGCAUGUUGGACUAAAGCUCAAGAAGGAAGCAACCCCUUGUCCCUUCAGGAUCUAAUUGAAAAAGUUGUCAUUCUACGAAAAGCUGUACAACUCACUCAAAACAUGGACACUAAUACUGUUGGGGUACUUUUGGCUGAGAAGAUGAGUCAGUAUGCCAAUUUGUUAGCAGCUCAGGGCAGUAUUGCUGCAGCCCUUGCCUUUCUACCUGAAAAUACCAACCAGGCAAAUAUUGUACAGCUUCGUGACAGACUUUGUAGAGCACAAGGAGAACCUGUAUCAAGACAGGAAACACCCAAAGUUCCUUACAAGGGCAGGCCUGGACCCACUGCUGGCCACGCACAGAUGUCAAGAGUUCCACCUCAACAAUACUAUCCUCAUGGAGAAAAUCCUCCACCUCCAGGUUUCGUAAUGCAUGGAAAUGUUAAUCCAAAUACUGCCGCUCAACUACCCACAUCUCCAGGUCAUAUGCACAGCCAGGUACCACCUUAUCCACAGCCACAGCCUUAUCAACCGGCCCAGCAGUAUUCAUUCGGAACAGGGGGGUCUGCAAUGUAUCGACCUCAGCAGCCUGUUGCUCCUCCUGCUUCAAAUGCUUACCCUAACACCCCUUACAUAUCUUCUGCUUCUCCCUAUCCUGGGCAGUCUCAGUUGUAUGCAGCUCAACACCAGACUGCUCCACCUACCUCCAGCCCUGCUGCUUCUUUCCCUCCCCCUCCUUCCUCUGGAGCAUCCUUCCAGCAUGGCGGACCAGGAGCUCCUCCAUCAUCUUCAGCUUAUGCACUGCCUCCUGGAACAACAGGUACACUGCCUGAUGCCAGUGAGCUGCCUGCGUCCCAAAGAACAGGUCCUCAGAAUGGUUGGAAUGAUCCUCCAGCGUUAAACAGAGUACCCAAAAAAAAAAAGAUGCCUGAGAACUUUAUGCCUCCUGUCCCCAUCACAUCUCCAAUUAUGAACCCUUUGGGUGAUGCCCAGUCACAGAUGCUGCCGCAGCAACCUUCCGCUCCAGUACCACUGUCAAGCCAACCGUCAUUCCCACAGCCACACCUUCCAGGUGGCCAGCCUUUCCAUGGCAUACAGCAGCAACCCCUUGCUCAACCAGGCAUGCCACCAUCGUUUUCAAAGCCCAAUAUUGAAGGUGCCCCAGGGGCUCCUAUUGGAAAUACCAUCCAGCAUGUACAGUCUUUGCCAACAGAGAAAAUUACCAAGAAACCCAUUCCAGAUGAACACCUCAUUCUAAAGACCACGUUUGAGGAUCUUAUUCAGCGUUGCCUGUCUUCAGCCACAGAUCCUCAAACCAAAAGGAAGCUGGAUGAUGCUAACAAACGUUUGGAGUUUCUAUAUGAUAAACUUAGGGAACAAACACUGUCACCAACAAUCAUCAGUGGUUUACACAGCAUUGCAAGGAGUAUUGAAACUCGAAACUAUCCGGAGGGAUUGACGAUCCACACCCACAUAGUCAGCACCAGCAACUUCAGUGAGACCUCUGCUUUUAUGCCAGUUCUCAAAGUUGUUCUCACCCAGGCAAAUAAGCUAGGUGUCUAAACGGACAGCUUCACUCCCUGCCAAGAUUGCCAUUUUCCAAAGAAAUAUGUUUUAAAAAAUGCUAAGAUAUGGACCAUGUAUCAAUCCUCAUUAGGAUGUUUCUCUAGCAUCCAGUCAAGAGCAUUUAUACUAUUUCUGCCGUUACACUCACCUUAGAAUUGCCCAUAACCUGGGUACUUUUUUGUUUUAAUCUUCUGUUGUCCACAAUGAUUUUCCUAUUCUGCAGAUAGUAUAUUUCCUGGAUUACACAUAGUAUGGUUUCUUAAAGUCUUCUGAUAAGAUGUAGUUUUUAAAAGCUCAGUAUACUUUUUGGAAAGAGCAUCUGAUUACAAGCGAAAACUAAAUUUCUUUCAUGUCCUCUCAUCUAGCUCCAUGUCAAUCAGAUUAAAGUGUGUAAUCCUA